UCAACAAGUCGAGGAGAAUGGCCACCAUUGCUGUUGCUUGCUUCAGUUAUCUCACAGCUCCCAUCACCAGAACUCAAGGACUUUCUGGGUAUUUCCCAAUUCUCUCCUACCCUUUCUACACCCAAUUCAGAACCUCCUUCUCUGCCUCCAUGGCCACCCCAAUCCAUGUCUCUGCUUCUUCUUCAUCAUCAUCGUCGUCACCCGCCAUUGGAGCAGAUGAAAACAAAGGUGGAGGCUUUUCUGGAAUGGUGGGAGCAAAUGACCUGUUGAUUGUUGGGCCUGGAGUACUAGGGCGUUUAGUAGCAGAGAAAUGGCGGGAGGAUCAUCCGGGUUGUGAAAUAUAUGGACAAACUGUGACAGUUGAUCACCAUGAGGAGUUGAUUAAGGUGGGGAUUAAUCCAUGUUUGAAGGGGACUAAAACGGAUCAUAAGUUUCCUAAUGUUAUUUUCUGUGCUCCACCAUCUAGAACCUCGGAUUAUCCCGGUGAUGUUCGAGUGGCGGCUUUGAACUGGAAUGGUGAAGGUUCAUUCUUGUUCACAUCAAGCUCUGCACCGUUUGAUUGCAACGACAACAGUCCUUGUGAUGAGGACUCUCCAGUGGUGCCGAUAGGAAGGAGCCCCAGGACUGACAUUCUUCUUAAUGCAGAGAAAGUAGUUUUGGAGUUUGGUGGCGUUAUUCUUAGAUUGGCAGGGCUUUACAAAGCAGAUAGAGGUGCCCAUGUUUAUUGGUUAUCGAAGGGGACUGUGGAUGCAAAUCGAGAUCAUAUUCUGAACCUCAUACAUUACGAGGAUGCAGCUUCCUUAUCUGUUGCAAUCUUAAAGAAGCGAUUACGUAGUCGGAUUCUCUUGGGUUGUGACAAUCAUCCACUGUCCAGGAAAGAAGUGAUGGACUUGGUCAAUAAAAGUGGGAAAUUUACCGAAGUGUUUGACAGUUUUACAGGAACUACUGAUCCACUGGGUAAGAAAUUGAACAACUCAAAAACUCGUUCAGAAAUAGGGUGGGAACCUAAAUACCCCAGUUUCGCUCAAUUCCUCGAGAGUCUUUGAACUAUAUCAUUGGUAAGUAUUGGUUGAUAUUGCCCAUGGAAUAUUUGCGAUGGAGAUGCUGAACAUGUAAAGUUUAUUUGCAAAUUUUGGAGAUGCUGCAAUGGCUUGGACAUCUGUAGAGAACUGACAAUUCUGGACCUCUUCAACCAGCAUCCAUGGAAACUGAGUAGCUAGUAUGAAAUUUAACUUCAUGUAUCUUUGUACAGGCAGCUUAUAUAUCAUUGGUCCCAAUCAAUCUCUUGAUUAAUUUUAUCUCUGUUCUGUUGCAUAAGAUGUAUCCACCUGCUUAUGCACAAAUAUUGUUUCUCUUCAUGAAUUUAUAGUAUUGUAUUCUGAUUUGGGUGGAAAUUCGAUAAUCUCUAUAACAUAAGCAUUAAUGGCUGAAAUUUAUUAAUGCAA